AUGUGUAAAACGCUUCAUUUUAUAAAAAUUCUAUCUAUCUAUCUAUCUAUCUAUCUAUCUAUCUAUCUCAUUUUUCCUUUUAAAAUUCCUUUUUUCAUUUCACGAUUCUGCCGAAUAUUUCACCAAAUCUGUCUUUCUUUAUUUCUUUCUGUCUUUCUUUCUUUCUUUCUUUCUUUUCCGCCUUUGUUCUUUCUUUCACUUUCUUUCUUUUUUCUUUCUUUCUUUCUCUUUCUUUCUUUCUUUUCAGCUAAUUCUAAGUGUUCUUUCUUUCUUUCUCUUUCUUUCUAUCGUUCUUUCUUUCUUUCUUUUCAGCGAUUUUUCUUUCUUACUUUCUUUUCAGCGAAUUGUUUUUCUUUGUUUUUCUUUCUUUCUAUCUUUCUUUUUUUUCAGCUAAUUGUUCUUUCUUUCUCUUUCUUUCUUUCUUUCUUUCUUUCUUUCGUUCGUUCUUUCAUUGGUUUUCUUUCUUUCUCUUACUUUCUUUCUUUUGUUCUUUCUUUUUACCUCUUUCUUUCUUUCUUUUUUUUCUUUCUUUUCAGCGAAUUGUUUUUCUUUUUCUUUCUUUCUUUCUUUCGUUCUUUCUUUCUGUUUUUCUUUCUUUCUUUCUUUUCAGCUAAUUGUUUUCUUUCUUUCUUUCUUUCUUUUCAGCUAAUUCCUUGUUUUUUCUUUCUUUCUUUCUUUCUUUCUUUCUUUCUUCGGGAUUGCAUCUUUGCUUUCUUUUUCUUUUUUCUUUUUUUGUUUCGUUUCUUUCUUUCUUUCUUUCUUUCUUUCAUGAUUGCAGCCUUGUUUUUCUUUCUUUCUUUCUUUCUUUCUUUUCUUUCUUUUUCUUUCGUGAUUGCAGCCUUGUUUUUUUUUUUUUCUUUCUUUCUUUCUUUUUGUUUCUUUUCUUUCUUUCUUUCUUUCUUUCUUUCUUUCUUCAGGAUUGCAUCUUUGUUUUUCCUUCUUUCUUUCUUUCUUUCUUUCUUUCUUUCUUUCUUUCUUUCUUCGGGAUUGCAUCUUUGUUUUUCUUUCUUUCUUUCUUUCUUUCUUUCGUUCUUUCUUUCUUUCGUGAUUGCAGCCUUGUUUUUUCUUUCUUUCUUUCUUUCUUUCUUUCUUUCUUUCAGGAUUGCAUCUUUGUUUUUUUUCUCUUUCUUCUUUCUUUCUUUCUUUCUUUCUUUCUUUCUUUCUUUUUUUUUUUCUUUCUUUCGUGAUUGCAGCCUUGUUUUUUCUUUCUUUCUUUCUCUCUUUCUUUCUUUCUUUCUUCCUUCGGGAUUGCAUCUUUGUUUUUCUUUCUUUCUUUCUUUCGUGAUUGCAGCCUUGUUUUUUCUUUCUUUCUUUCUUUCUUUCUUUCUUUCUUUCUUUCUUUCUUCGGGAUUGCAUCUUUGUUUUUCCUUCUUUCUUUCUUUCUUUCUUUCUUUCCUUCUUCGGGAUUGCAUCUUUAUUUGUCGUUACAUACAUGUCCAUGAGAUGCAUGCCUUUCAUUUUAUUAAUAUAUAUCUCUGGGUAUUCAUAUCUAUCUAUCUAUCUAUCUAUCUAUCUAUCUAUCUAUCUAUCUAUCUAAGUCUAUUCAGAUCUAUCUAUCUAUCUAUAGCAAUCUGUUCAUAUCUAUCUAUCUAUCUAUCUAUCUAUUUAAUCUAUUCAUCUAUGUUUGUCUAUUUAUAUCUAUCUAUCUAUCUAUCUAUCUAUCUAUCUCAGUCUAUUCAUAUAUAUCUUUCUAUCUAUCAGUCUAUUCAUAUCUAUCUAUCAAUCAAUCUAUCUAUGUAUCUCAAUCUGUUCAUACCUAUCUAUCUAUCUAUCUAUCACUGGUUAAUCAUAUCUAUCUCUCUCUCUCUCUCUCUCUCUCUCUGA